UAUCGCUUGCGCACGCGGCGACUAUAGACUCGCGUAUCAUCUCCAGCCCGUCGAUUCACAGCAACUCGCGUCUCAACCGGAUACUUACCUCUGCAAAUAACAGAUUGCUGCUAUGGAAAAUUAUGAGAAAGAUGAGGACAAAAAGGGUGCCCGAGCAAUAGCUACUACUAAGCAGAUUGACGCUUUAAAAAAGAAAUGGCAAAACGUCCUUGGUUGUAUGAUACCAAAUAUGCUGACAGGGAGUGGGAAAUUUUGAAAGCAACCCUUGACCCAUUAGGAAAAACCAAAACUAUACAACAGUGGAAACAAUCCUGGCACGACCAAAUAAAGAAUGUUCCUGAAUGCUGUAAUAAGACUUUGGGUAACUCAGAGCAAUCAUCUAGUGCAAUGUUUCCUGGACAACGAGAUCCUACAUCAUUCCCUUGACUACUAUACCCUGCGAGUACAUUUGCUAUGCCAUCCACUGGCCUACCGUCCCCUGUGACUUUUUCAACUGGACUACCAGCUCCUGCGACAUCUUCCACUCGACAAGAAGCCUCUGAAACUUCUGUGAGGCCCCAAAUGACGUCUCCUAUCUCAGCUUCUACGAAUAAUAGCCCAUCGAUGGCAGCUACAAAUAGUGUAUCCCCAACAGUGACGGUAGAAACAGAGGCAUUUGCACCUUCUCUUGAGCAAAUCAUACUGUACAAAUUGCUGCAACCACCAAUACUUAAAGUCGAAGAACCUGUUAUCGAGCUCCAGGAUGAAGACGAUGAAAUACAAGUUGUUGGAUUUACAAUUCAUGCCAACAUAAUGCCACCAAAUCAAUUAAAAAGCGAGUUAAACGCUGAAUCUUCGAAUAAUGAUGAUUUAUCAGAAUCGAUUGCUUUACCUGGGGCGAAUGCUGUAUCUUCGAAUAAUCAUGAUUUAUCAGAAUCGAUUGCUUUACCUGGGGCGAAUGCUGAAUCUUCGAAUAGUGCUGGUGUAUUAGAAUCAAUUGCUUCACCUGAGGUGAACGUUGUAACUUCUAAUAAUAUUGUCGAGUCACCAAUAAGAAAGAGAAUAAAGUUUCAAACAAAUACCAUAACUGGUAGUACGGCUCGAGCUGCUAUCGAUUGUAUGUCUGAGCACAAUGUUGCGAUCAAAAAGCUACAUGAAGCUAUAAACAAUAUUACAUCAAGACUCGAAGAGACUAAGUUGUAUGAGGGAAUAACAGAACUUACUGCAACACUCAAUGCUACUAAACUUCAGGAACAGGAAUUUUAGAAGAAAGAACUUGAUCUGCUAGAACAAAUUUUAGACGCUUUAAAGGAUUUGAAAAAAGAAUAGUGUAUUUUAUUUAUUUAAAUUGUAUUAUUACAUAAUAAAUCUCAAUGUCAAAGUUUUA